UCUCUCCUGCCAGUGGGCCAUGGAGUUGGUGGCACAGUAACGUCUGAGGUGUGAGGAUUGCGGGGCCGGCGGCCAUGGAGGCCGUGCUGAACGAGCUGGUGUCUGUGGAAGACCUGGUGCUUUGCCUAGGAACGUCGAACUACUGCUCCCGGCAGCCUUUGCAGUGUCCGGCUCCUGCCGAGAGGUUCCACUUUGCCCCAGAGGCUAAUGGGAGUUGUAGUUUCCUGCGCCGCCACGCCUCAGACUCAAGGCCUGGAGUCUGGCGUGGGAAGACUGACGGGUUCUGGAAGUUUGAAAAGAAAUUUCAGGCUGAGAAGGCAGCAGGCUCGGUGUCCAAGAGCACGCAGUUUGAGUAUGCCUGGUGCUUGGUGCGGAGCCAGUACAACGAUGACAUCCGUAAAGGCAUUGCACUGCUGGAGGAGCUGUUGCCCAAAGGGAGCAAAGAGGAGCAGCGGGAUUAUGUCUUCUACCUGGCUGUGGGGAACUACCGGCUCAAGGAAUAUGAAAAGGCCCUAAAGUAUGUGCGAGGGCUGCUACAGACAGAGCCCCAAAACAACCAGGCCAAGGAACUGGAACGGCUCAUUGACAAGGCCAUGAAGAAAGAUGGACUGGUGGGCAUGGCCAUUGUUGGAGGCAUGGCCCUGGGUGUGGCAGGACUGGCUGGACUCAUCGGAUUUGCUGUAUCCAAGUCCAAAACCUGAAUGAGACUGCACCUCUGCCCAGGGAUACGUGGGAGCCCAUGAAAGAUACUCAGAGGGGCCCAUCCAUCCUCGCUGUCCCUUCUCCUGCACCCUAUCACUGUCCUCCAUGGCCUCAACCUCCUCUCCCCUGAGAUCUGUCCUCUAGCCCCAGGUCAUGUGCUUUAGGAUGAAUGUAAAUAAAAUUGGGCUUUAACUUGGGAA